GUAAAGCGACAGGCAGGGAAUGACAAGAAGAGCAUCCACCGCCUGACCAAGCUGGCACACGUAGACCAUCAGAGAUCAAAACAUAAACAGAGCAUUCGUCUGUCCUCGUAAAUGUGUCAUGCGCGCAACAGACAGUCAUUAAAUAUCCGGUAAAUCAGGAAUAUUGUUCUGUUGCUCUCUGUAUUGGAGGUUGUCGUCUGACAACGACAAUACAGACUACAGAUAAUAUAUGGGCUAUUGAACUGAGUAAUAUUUAUAUUUCUAGAUAUUAAUGUAGUGCAAUUAUGCAAUUGUAAAAUAGGCUACUGUUGAUAUAAAUACUGAAAUAUGGGUUCUAGAUUAAGCAGACAGAGUAGUCUGGACAAUGAGAAUUUUACGAAAAGGCGUCGCAAGCAUCUUGACAGCACAGGAGAAAACGACAGAGGUGGAAGUCGAGGCAGCGGCGACUUUCUUUUUACAAUGAUUCUGAAAUCAGACAAACUGCCGGGGAUGCUGCGAAGGUCCAACCACAGUCCCUACGUGAGGCGAGUGGCAUGGAUCCGAGACAUACAAAAGCUGCUCCGUGAUCGCAGGAUAGAUCAGGCAACCGACGUGCUCAAACUAUUGAGGAAGGAUCUGGGCUUGGAAGGCACAUCCCUCAAUGACAUCUUAUAUAAGAACGCUGCUUUUCUCAACCUGGUGGACCCCAUCUCCCAUGAGUUGUUGCUCAGCCUGGCUCGUGAGAUGCAGUGUCCCAAGAAGAAGGAUGCUGACACCAUCAAGUCGUCAGAUAAGAUUUGCAGACAGCUGAUCUACCACCUGACCCCUCACUCCAAGUGGCUCAGACAGAGCAUGUCCAGACGGAAGUCCCAGGCCUGUCUCAAGACAACCCUGCAGAGAAAAGUAUCCACUGACACAGUUGACUUGUCUGGCAUACCUCUCUCCAGUCGAGAUGUUCGCCACGUGGCCUUCUACUUUCAGAACAGUGGGGAUGCAGUGGUGGCUGUGGAUAUCAGUUUCACUGAGCUCCAAGAUGAGAACCUCCGUGUCCUGCUACCGGUCCUGGGGUCUCUGCCCAAACUCAACACCCUGGCCCUCAACGGCAACCGGCUGACCCUGGCCAUAGUCAAAGACUUGACUGAGAUCCUGAAAGACCCAAAGAAGUUCUCCAGCCUGGCUUGGAUUGAUCUGGGCAACAACUUUGACAUUUUCACCAUGCCCCAGCCCCUGUUAGUGGCCCUGCGACGCCGCUGCAGCCUGAAGAGCAGCUUGCCCACCAUCUAUGAGUACACAGAGGGCCAACCCUACUGCUACCACAUGGAGACCUCCAUUGAGGAACCCAGCCACUACGAGGAGGAGGAGGCAGGGGAAGAGGAGGGGGAGGAAGAUGAAGACGAGCUGGAGCCAUGGGCUAUAGGGGGGAAGAAGAUUUCAAAGGACUUCACACUACACUACUGUGAGAGGUGAUGAGUUGAAGUCCCCCUGGCUCGGUUCAGCUGUGUUUGAAAGGCCUUCCCACAGCUUCAAGUUCCUACCUUUCCCAUGUUGCCCUUUACACCAUGAGCCCAGUCACCCAUUGUGGCACGAGGGAUGUUUAGCGCCACACAUUCCAGAGACCAUCGUUCCAACACAGCCACCAAUUAAUCUCUCACCAUCUAUGAGUUCACCCACACAAGACCACUGCAGUAAUUGAUUAUGUUGGUGACUUACUGUGUUGGUGGAUGGUGCUCCUGGGAACGAGGUGCGGUUUCAUUGGAGGUGGGCUAGAAGAAUUUAGGAAAAGGUGCUCUCUCUCUCUCGCCCUCUUAAAGUAGCAGCUGUGGAGCAAAUCCCAAGGACUUCGGAUCAGACGGCUUGACGGAGGAGCGGCAUAACGCUGGUGGUCUAAUGAGCUGCUGUUGGUUUGGAAGCAGUAGGUUCUCUACCAGGACUGUCACUGAGACUAUCCCUGGCAGGCAGGGCCUAGCUCCACAUUGUGUGUUCUCUGUUAAUCUCUCAACAAAGGCUAUGAAACAAGUUCAACAGACUAUACAGCCGAUGAACCGUCACGUGAUUCUGGCAAAACUGCUAAGUCAAGACUUUUGCC